GUGGGGGGGCGGACACACCGGUGGGAUGCCGGCUGACGGACAGUCUCGCCGCGCGUAAACCUGGAUACACGUGGUCCGCUCUGCAGUUUGGGCGCACGCGCUGUCGCAAUGGGCCGGGCGCGAGGCGCGGAGAUCUGCUUUGAGCUCAAUUCUGAGGUCUGCUUGUGCACUUUGUGAUCUUUCUCUUUGAAGGGCUUCGCUGCAGAGAUAGAUGCCGCUGAGCACGAGACGGCGCUUUUAAAGCACCGCCGUUUGUUUGAGAGACUCGCUGCGCGGCGCCUUCCGUCAUAAUUAGGUGGUUAAGGAGCUCCGCGCGGAGCGACUGCUGGAGGUCACCGGCCACCCGUCGCCUGGGACUCUUCAUCAGACAGCCGCCGGUCCGAGCCGCGAGCAUGCAGAAGGCGGCCGAGGGGCCCCGGCACGAGGACGCGCACGCGGAGAGGCGCGAGAGCCCGGAGGCGGAGUACCUGGGCUCGCGCUGCGUGCUCUUCACCUACUACCGCGGGGACAUCAGCAGCGUGGUGGACGAGCACUUCUCGCGCGCGCUCAGCUCGUACGCGGAGGGCAAGAAGCGCGCCGCCGACGCCGGACCAGACAGCCCAGCCUCCAGCAGCCAUCGCAGCUUCCCUCCUUCCUUCUGGGACAGUAACUACCCGUCCCCCCACAGCCGGACGCACUCCGAGAGGGCCGGCCCCUAUUCCGUGGACCCGUAUUCUCCAGCACUGCACCCGGGACUCCCUCACCCCCAUCCGCAUCCAUCGGAGUCCUGGGGCUACGCUCAGAGUCAGGCGUACGCCUCGGCGCGGCCUCUGCACGAACUGUACACCCCCGCCGGGCUGGAGCCCCACUACGGCCCCCUGCUGAUGCCCGCUGUGCGACCCGCCCACCUGGCCGCCCUCCCUGGCCACUAUGAUGUCAGCAAGCUGGACGGCGCCCCCUCCUGGCCUGGCCUGCUGCCACCUGGCGAUGUGGCUCAGACACUGGCUCUGAACAUGGACACAGGCGUCCAGCAUCACAAGAAAGGCAAGGAGGUCUACUGGUUCUAAUGAGGCUCGUCGCAUCGAGGCACCGCGGCGGGCUGCAGUCGCACCCUCUUUCUGUGUCCCGGCUGGACUGGAGGGUCCGUGGUGGGGUGGGGUGGGACGGGACGGGGCGGGGCGGGGCGGGGCGGGGCGGGGCACAGGGAUCCUGGUCACCAUGGACACGAAACACGUGAUGAUGACUCUCGCAACAGUGGAGGGGCGCCAGAGGAGUUUCCCACACUGACCCAGUGCUCAGCGGAGCUCCGGUGUGGCCCCCCGGGGCUCUUGGGCUUCUGAGGGACAUGGAGCCGAAGCGGAAGUGACGCUGCGGCGCCGAGACGCCCCCCGCUGUCUGACUCUCGCCACUAGCACUGGGGCGAAAUCCGUGACGGGCGCUGGGAAAAUAUCGUUUCUGUGUCCGGCGUUUACGUGUGAGUGUUUUAGUGUUUUUACUGAUACGUUUCUGGAAGUGUGUGUGCAGUCGGUGGGGGGUGGGGUGUCACUGUCCUCUGGUGGGACGUGUGAAAACAGGACGUCGUAUUGCAGGUUUUUAUGUGUUAUUAAAAAGCCAGGCCUGGAGUUCCACACACAUUCACACUGUGGCUGCGGUCAUGUGCAGCAGGUCCUUGUGCGGUGUGUGGAUGAAAGGACACGGACAGAUGGACACACACACACACACAC